AUGGCGGAUGGCAAGAAUGCGAAGCACACCUUGAAGAUGCUGCUUGUUGGCGACAGCGGCGUGGGUAAGAGUUGUCUCUUGCAAAGGUUCUCCGAUGGAACCUUCACCCACAGCUUCAUGCCCACCAUUGGCAUUGACUUCAAGGUGAGGACCGUCCCCAUCGAAGGGAAGGAGAUCAAGCUCCAACUGUGGGACACAGCUGGUCAAGAGCGUUUCCGCACCAUCACCGCUGCUUACUACCGUGGCGGUCACGGUGUGGUGCUUGUCUACGACGUCACCGACCAGAACUCCUUCAGCCACAUUAAGAUCUGGAUGAAGGGCAUUGAGCAACAUGCCUCGCAGGGCGUCAACAAGAUCCUCGUGGGCAACAAGGCCGACAUGGACGAUAAGCGGGGACAGGAGCUGGCAGAGAAGUAUGGCAUCAGGUUCUAUGAGACCUCCGCAAAGACCGGACAAAACGUCGACGACAUGUUCUUGCUGCUCGCCAAGGAAAUCAAGCACCGGGUGAUCGAUCCUAUGGGCGACGAGCCCGAGGAGCCUCAGGCCACUUCCUCAAGCCCCAAGGUGGAUCUGACCAGCAGCAAGGACUCGCAACCACAGGCCUCGGGCGGCUGCUGUGGUAAGUAA